AUGACCACGCCCGUCGAGUCAGUCCUGGUCACUAAGAACACUUUCCUGGACUGCAGGUCGCCGUGGAUGGAUCCCGUCGUCCUGCCACGUAGGCCCAGCUCCGACCCCGCCACCUCCACCACCUCUGUGGACGCCUCGUCGUCUGGCCUGGGCGAGCUCAGCGGCGCCAGCGAGCACACCGAUAGCGGCGCCGGCGGCGCAACGGCGGGAGAGGGCGCCUUCCGUCGGAGGACGAGGGCACAGCGCCGCCGCCAGCAGCGCAAGCAGAUCAAGGAGAGGGGCACGGCCUCCAACCCCUCGCAGGAGGAGGAAGCCUCGGCCUCCUCCUCGCCGCGCGGCGCGCCUCCGCUGAGCAAGCUCCUGCCCGACGGCGGCGGCGCCGAGCCAGGGGCGCAGCCGACUCGCCUGAUCCGCAAGACGGGCCACCGGGGCGGGCCCGCCGCGCUCGGCUCUCCGGGGGGCUCGGGCCCCGGCGGCGGCACCGCGUCGACGAAGAUCUCGCUGUGA